AUGGCAGUUGGUGGAAAGGCGGCGUUGGCGCUACUCCUCUGCGUCAUGGUGGCAAACACGGUGGAGGCUGCCGUGACCUGCCAGAUGGUGGUCAGUAGCCUCACACCGUGUGCCUCCUACCUCACUGCACGAGGCCCUGUAACAGCCUCAUGCUGCAAUGGUAUAACCUCACUCUACAAGGCUGCAUCAACCACUGUCGACCGUCAGACCGCCUGCAAGUGCAUGGAACAAGCCGCCGGCAUGGUUCCCGGAAUCAACCUUAACGCCGCUAGUAGCCUCCCUGGGAAAUGCGGUGUCAACAUCCCCUACAAGAUCAGCCCUACUACUGACUGCUCAAAGUAA